AUGAAGAUCACCGAAUAUCGUCAUUUUGAGGAGGACCCCGCAGCUGUCUCUGCGGCAACUCAAUCAUCCUCAACGUCCUCAGCCAACUUUACACCUCGAACUUUCUCGCCUGCUUCCCUCGACCCAGAAGAUGAGGAGGGACAUUUAAGCCCUGGACCAACCAACUCCGACCAUUCGUCAGCAUCGUCAUCCGACACCGAACGGAACCUGUCACCGACUCCUGCAAGAGAUGAGAUUGAGGCAAUCGGGCCUCUUUUGAACGAACUCACGCUCGAUGGCGACUCUGGGGAGUUAGGAAUGGCGGAACUUCGACAGGCUCUCCCGUCUGUCUCCGUCACAACGGCAAACCAAGGGCCAGAAGCAAGUUCCCCCGUGUUCGGGCUUCGACAAACGUCCUUGAGCCCACGCCCGCCUCGUCGAUCCCGCAGGGUAUCAAGAACAAAUCAAGCCCCUCACGACGUGAAAGACGAAGAGCUGCCUCAUGAUCGCUUUCACCAUCCGGACGUGCAAAACGCGUUUUUAGAAGCGAAGACGCUCAUGUCUCGAUUGGCUCGGGUUCUAGGAAGCAGUCCACUCCACGUUGAUCCGGACUCCGCCAUCAAGAGGCUGCAUAAGCGGGCCAAAGAUCUGUCCCGGUUUCAAUGCCCCCCGACUCGUACUGUCGGCUUUGUUGGCGAUUCUGGUGUCGGUAAAAGCAGUCUAUUGAACUCUCUUCUACAUCAAGAGGGCCUGGCAAGAACGAGCAAUAGUGGAGCGGCCUGUACUUGUGUUGUCACGGAGUAUCAUUACGACAUGAGGGAUGAUUUCCAAGUUGACGUGGAGCUGUUUACUCAAGACGAUUUGAUGGAACAAGUCACUCAUCUAUUGCAAUCGUACCGCAGAUUCCACUUACAUGCAGAAGAGAUGACUGUAGCAGAUGGGCUGGAGGAGGCUAAGGAGCACGCCAGUGUUGCUCGGGACACUUUUCGAGCCCUGUUCCGAGGGCGACUUGGAAACGAAGCCUUCCUUACAACAGAACCGGAAGGCUUUGUGUUGUGGACUUUCAGACGUUGGCUUGAGGAUGGCGUUCCAGAACUCGGAGGAAGUCACAACAGAAGCUCCAAGGAAAGCUGCUCAGACUUCUUAAUACAACUUACAUCCGAGGCGCCUGGGUCACAAGGCCCGGCAAUCUGGCCUUUCGUACGAAAAAUCAAGGUAUUUCUCGACGCGCACAUACUCAGCAAGGGACUGGUUCUCGUAGACCUUCCUGGACUUCGAGACUUGAACUCUGCGCGAAGAAGCAUUACAGAACGAUACCUACUCGAGUGCGACGAGGUGUUUGCUGUAUGCAAUAUUGGCCGCGCAACGACAGAUGUAGGCGUGGCGAGCGUGUUUGAACUUGCGCGAAGAGCCGGUCUGAGUAACGUGGGAAUCGUCUGCACUAGAUCAGAUGAUAUUCAAGCGUCGGAGGCAAAGAACGACUGGAAGGGUCAGCGAGCGAAACGUAUACAGCAGCUGAGCGCCGAAGUUGCGACUGCCAGGGGCCAAAUUGAUGAAAUCAAACGUUUGUUGGACGAGUACGAUGAUGAAGAUCUCACAGAAGAAGAGGAGGACGAGGUGUAUGACCUCCAUCGGGACUUAAGAAAGGAAGAGAAAUUUUAUGAACAGAAACUAUAUGAUCUCAAAACCUUCUUGGUCGAGACUCGAAACGCAGAGGUUACGAAGAAGCUUCAAGCUAGCUAUCGAGACAAGGUCCGGGGUGGGAUUGUUCAUGUUUUCUGCAUCAGCAACACGGAGUACUGGUCCAAGACCAUGUUACCGAAAGACGAGGCAAUCCCCUCUUUACAGCUGAGCGGAAUCAUUGCUCUGCGGAAGCACUGUCUCUCCAUCAUCGCGGAGAGUCAGUUGAGACUUGCCACCAAAUUUGUCACCAAUGACAUCCCUGCUUUGCUUGGAGAGGCCGGAUUAUGGGUUGAGUCUGGAGCCGGAAGUGCCAAUGCGGAACAGAAGUCAGCUGUUCGCAGAACUCUAGACAAGAUAGAGCGUCAACUGAGAGAGAAUUUGACAGGCCGCGGCUCAGAUCUCAGACGUGUGGGUAGAGCAACCAGAGAGCAUUUCCAGAACCAGGUGUACGAUGAUCGAUGGAGAAGAACAGCCGUAAACGCAACGCGAGAAUGGUACGGUUGGGCGCAUCAGACUUACAGUGCUUUUUGCCGUAACUACGGAAAUUAUUGCACUCCCGCCGUAGGGCCUCAUGAUUGGAAUCAGGACAUCAUUGCCAAGAUGGUCGGAGAUUUGAGUCCACAAUGGAAGCGGAUGCUUUCGUCUGUCCAGGGUAGACUCAAUACAGAUGUUGAAAAUCUUGAGGAUGAGAUGGAUGCGGCCUUGGAACUACUCUCUGCGGAACUCGAAGCUUUCCCAGAAGUCAACGAGGUAAUUGGGGAGGUAUUGCUUGCGCGUACCAGUCAAAUUCUAUCCAGGAUGGAGUCUUCGAGGGAGACGUUCCAGGAUGACGUUCGUGCCCUGGAAGUAGAUGCCCUUACAGGAAUCCGGACCUCGAUCGUCGGUCAGGCAAUGGAAGAAUCUUACAGGCGCUGUAACAUGGAGUAUGGCAGGGGAAGCGACCAACGACGAAAGGGGAUCAUCAACGGUACGGUGCAGAGCCAAGACUUCUUUGUGAAUCACAUGCGAGAGUUCCGAAGAAGAUGGAAGACUUUGACAGAUGAGUUCCAGAAGGAGCUCCAGGACUCGAUUAAAGAUGAGCUUGGUCUCAUGAGCACAUCUUUCGACAUCAUUAGGGACGAGAAUGUUGCAACGGAAAGCGAGGAAAACCCGGAACUUAGACAAUGCCUGGAGAUUGAAAUCGGUCGGGCCAAGGAGCAGCUGGAACGCAUCAGGGAUAUCAUGACUUCUCAGUAA